AGUCUAGCAUAGGUUGGCGUGGCGAGAAACAUAGGCUGGCGUGGCGAGAAACGAUCGAGUUGGGCUUUCAAAUAUUGGUUUCAACAGGAUAUCUCCGCGAUAAGAGAUCAUUGGAUUUGGAUUUCCCUUGUGAAUUGUGGUUUUAUUAACCGCUUUACUUUCUACUGAUUCUGUGAAUUCUUGGUGUGCCCGCAACUGGAUUUAGCUGGAUGGACAGUGAACUCUACAACUUCGCACGUGACUCUUUGGUUGCUGUUUGAAAAAAGUUUGACCUUUGACCCAUGUCAUGCUUGUCGUCUGCUGCUACCGGACCCACGUGCUCCAGUCGUCUGACUAAUUACAAUGAACGUUGGGACCCACAGAUCUGCCAGUCAGAGGCGCAAAUAAAACAAUGAACUUGUGCAGACAUUGGCUCCAGUCCUGCCUCGCUGUGCUGGCAUUCAUCAGCUGCCACUCGUUGGCUGACCGGUCAUCGGAUAUUCCUUGCCUCGGGUGUCGUCUGUUCAACCUACAACACAGGAACCAACCUGACGACAAAAAGAGUUCCGGCUUGUGCCACUACCCCUGCCAAUGCCCCGUGGAGGAGAUCUCGUGUACAGAUGGGGUGAGGCUGGUCAAGGACGGCUGCAGCUGUUGCUACAUGUGUGCUCGCCAGCUGGGGGAGUCGUGCACCACCAAGGACGUGUGCGACUCACACCAGGGGCUCUACUGCGACAGGGUGGACGCGCACUCACCCGGCAAGUGCAGAAGUAAAGAGAAGAACCCCUGCCAUGUCAACGGUGUCGUGUACAAGGACGGUGAGAAGUUCCAGCCGGAAUGUUCGCAGCUGUGCACGUGCCAGAACGGCUACUACGGCUGUAUCAACCAGUGUCCUCACGAGCUGCAGAAACCUUCUGAGCUGACCUGUCAUGAUCCGACGUUAAUCAAAUCAAAGAACAAAUGCUGCCGAGAAUGGACGUGCCAGAAGAUGGACUCCAAUGGAACAAACUUUGUCCAUCUCGGCCUUGAGAGUCAAAAUCUCAUUCACAAAUAUUUGGUGACACCAACGACGUCUGUGCCAACAACAACGUUCCCGCCUUCAGAGAGAAGAAUCUGCAAGCCGGCCAACACGAACUGGUCGCCGUGUUCAGCCAGCUGUGACGAGGGCGUGUCCGUCAAACUGACAGUUGAUUCGCUCAGCUGUCAGCCCAUACAGCACAUCAAGAUCUGUUUCCUCCGGCCCUGCAGUCACAACGUUUCAACCACUUUCAACAAGGGCCUAACCAAGUGUACCCCAACAACUAGAAGCAUCGACAAACACCACAUCCACUACCAAGACAUUCACUACAAACACUGUGUGUCAGUCAAGGCCUACAAGCUCAAGUUCUGCACCACUUGCAAGAGCAAUAAGUGUUGUUACCCACAGAAGACACGGACACGCCUUAUGGAGUUUCAGUGCCAGGGACGUCACAGGUUGGAGAUGAAGUACUUGUGGCUCAAGAAAUGCCGAUGUGAUAACAAAUGUUACCAAAAAGACGAGAAACACAGAAAACGAAACCGUAGAAACUGACUUGAGGGCUUCCUUCCACUGUUACAUCCACGCCAUGCACAGAGAGGGGUCUAGAGCAGUUUGUGGACUUCCAGCAACAGCCUCAACAUCUCUACAGCUAAUCAGUUGAAACAUUUCUACAGCCAAACAUUUGAAACAUUCUCAACAUUUCUACAACUAAUCAACUGAAGCAUUUAAACAUUUCCACAGCUAAACAUUUGACCACUGCUGAGGCCACCCGAUCUACAGUCUGUAACAUCUCUCAACACCUACUUCGGUGGCUGCGUUAAAGAACUUGGCCGUGAUCUUUACGCAGGAUGUAUUAAUAGUCUUUGCAUUGUCUUUACAAAGGUGGUCUAACUACGGCUAUUUUUAAACUUUAGUGGUUGAGUGAGUACACUAUAUAUCCAUGUGUCUAGCUCAGCUUAUAGCGGACACGGCACUAAUCCGUUGUAUAUUCUGUUCAUGAACUGUGUCUAGCUCAGCUUAUAGCGGGCACAUCACUAAUCCGUUGUAAAUUCUGUUCAUGAACUGUGUCUAGCUCAGCUUAUAGCGGACACGGCACUAAUCCGUUGUAUAUUCUGUUCAUGAACUGUGUCUAGCUCAGCUAAUAGCGGGCACAGCACUAAUCCGUUGUAUAUUCUGUUCAUGAACUAGAUCUACCUCUCCAUACGUCCAUAACGGAAUGAUCUGCUCGACAGCUGUAUAUUGGUCGUAGUUCACAUUUUUGGCGCACUCUUUAACAACGUAUUUUGAAUGUGCAUUGUGCUAGCUGUACACAUUUACAGUUAGUGCGCAAGUCAGUUAACUACUGCAGCGUUUAAUGGUUAUCAAAACGGUGCACUGUUCAAUUGUACAGCUACUAAGUUAAGUUGAUGUUUACCUCUUCAAUUGUGCAUUACAUUUUCUCUACUCGGUGAGUCCACCUAUCAAGACAUCGCUUAUUGUAAAGGAUGACGUACGUAUGUCGAUGAAAGAAAUAUCACAACAAUAGAGACGAUAUACCCAUAUGGCAACUUGCAUGAAACUUAAAACUUUAUUUUUUAACGGAUAGUAUUUCCAUCCAGCUAAGCUUUACUUUACCUGUAGGCUACAUGUAAAAUGGAUGAACGACGAUCAUUGCAAGUAAAAAAAAAAUAAUAUGGGGGGAGGGGGGAACUAUAAUUUCAGAAAGUUUAAAAAAAUGGAGGAGGCAGAAAGAAAGACACCGAGAGAGAUAUGAAAGAUCCAUUUCGCUCGUGGUAGAUCGCUGCUCAAUGCUAGGCUUGUUGAAGCUAAAGAUAAUUUUGGCUGGCUGCUUUUAAUAAAAUCAGGUUCUUUAAAUAGACAACCCUAUGCCACGUAAAAUAUUUCCCCCCCCCCCCCUCCACAAUUCGUAAAUCAAUACUCGUUACAUCAGUACAUUUUUAUUUUAUUGUUAUUUUUUAUAAUUAAUUCAAUGCUAUUAUGAUUCUAUGUUAUUAUUGUGCAACUAUUUAAUGUUUUUUUUAUUGUUACAUUAGCACUGUUAUGGUGGUUUUUUUAGUGUGGUGCAUUUAAAGGAAUGAAGCAUUUCAAUUGUUACCAGCCGCUAGACCAAAUAAACAGGGGUUCUAGAUCACGCACCCCUUCCCCCCAAGCUAGACGUUUGGAUAUAAAUGUUGAGCUCUCUAAGUCGUUAUUUCCAUCUAUCAAACAUGUCAUUGUCAUGACAGUCUAGAACCUACAGAAUUCCUACGUCUAGAACCUACAGAAUUCCUACGUCUAGAACCUACAAAAUUCCUACGUCUAGAACCUACAGAAUUCCUACGUCUAGAACCUACAGAAUUCCUACGUCUAGAACCUACAGAAUUCCUACGUCUAGAACCUACAGAAUUCCUACGUCUAGAACCUACAGAAUUCCUACGUCUAGAACCUACAGAAUUCCUACGUCUAGAACCUACAGAAUUCCUACGUCUAGAACCUACAGAAUUCCUACGUCUAGAACCUACAGAAUUCCUACGUCUAGAACCUACAGAAUUCCUACGUCUAGAACCUACAGAAUUCCUACGUCUAGAACCUACAGAAUUCCUACGUCUAGAACCUACAGAAUUCCUACGUCUAGAACCUACAGAAUUCCUACGUCUAGAACCUACAGAAUUCCUACGUCUAGAACCUACAGAAUUCCUACGUCUAGACCCUACAGAAUUCCUACGUCUAGAACCUACAGAAUUCCAACAACUUUCUUUUUGGUUGGGUUUAGUUUUUUUCCCGGCGUUUUUGUUUGGUAGAUGGGAGGGG